AUGGCGCGCUACAUCAUUCCAUCCGUGGCUCUGUCAGCGAUUUACUCUGCCUACCGGUCCUUUAUCUCUCCAACAUCUCCAAGUGCAUUCGGUAUUCGAUCAAUUGAGGAGGCCGUUAAUUCACUCAAUGCGAAUGAGAAUACUCAGGAAGCUUUACGAUUCCUCCACCAGACACCAGACACUUCCUAUUUGGGCUCGCUGAGUCCUACUGCCUUGGGUGUGAUGGCUCUCCGAGGUUCAGAGCUGAGCAAGUAUGUGCCUGUCACGAAAUGUGAAGUUGAUGAAGACGAUUUCACGUUCUCCAAAAUGUUGGCCAAGUUCAACCUAGGUGACGAAUGGCACUCUGCUGUAGCAUGGCUGAAUAGGUUGGUGCGUUUUCUCUUAUCUCGGGUUGCGUGUCCGGAGGAAGAUCUUGCAUGUCCUGAAGAAUAUCUAGCCAGACGACCUAGCCAAGUGAUGCGAUUGUUCCAGCUUUUGCGUUUUCUAUUUGUGAAAACAGAGUUCCCCUUCGAUCCAUCCGAAAUCGGCGUGGAGGUUGUUCCAUUCCUAUACGUCAUAUUUACACAAUUUCGUGACAACAACAAACAACUUUCCCUGUUAGCUCUGAAAAUCCUUUCCAACGUCGCUCUCAAUACUCCACCAUACGCAGUUUCCAUAUUCACGUCAGAAUGGCUUCCUUUACUGGCUUCGAUGGUGACGCGGGGUAAAUCUUUGGAGGAAAGGCUGUUAUCCCACAAGAUCUGCCAAAAUGCUUUAAAUACAUUGGGUGUUGUCGACUACCAACUGCGGUCUGACAUUUACGAGCUUUUCCUACCAGAUAAGGAACCAGAGGUUGAUCUGGUUCUGAUUCAUGGGCUUUGUGGAAGUGUGGCUUACACUUGGCGACAGAAGGAUCACUCCAGUAAUAUUGUCUCCGAUUGUUGGCCGAAGGACUGGCUACAUCUCGACAUUCCUCAGCCUAUGCGUAUUCUUGGUAUAGAUUAUCCAUCAUCCUUAUGGCAGUUCACUGGUAUGAUGGAAAGCUUACAGGUUCGAGCUGAUCGUUUCAAAUCCCAGUUGGAAGCUGCUGGGAUUGGGCGAAGACCGAUUAUUUUCAUUUGUCAUAGCAUGGGCGGCUUGCUUGCAAAGCGUUUACUUUUGGAUCUCCCAGCCUUUGCAAAGAAAACAGUUGGGAUACUGUUCGUAGCUACACCUCAUCGAGGGUCUCCAAUAGCUGCAUGGGGAUAUUCGAUACUUCAUCCAACUGACGACGUUCUCUUUUUACUAGAGGAGAAUCCUUUGAAUAAAAAGUUGAAUGAAGACUUUUCAAAGAUCAGUGAGAAUAUCCCUGUAAUUGUCAGCAUGGCGGAAACCAAGGAAUCUGAUCUCAUCGGUAAUAGUACUGCGAAAGGUAUCAUAGUACCAACACAAUCUGCGGUCUUCGAGAAAGGGGCUGUUUAUCAUAUUGACGAAGUUCACCAUAAUAUCUGUAAACCUUCCGAGCGCACCAGUCCAGCCUAUGGUGUAGUGUUGAACUUUCUUCGCGAUUCCAUUCAAGAAGCAGCGAAGAUGAAAAAAUGA